AUGGCGGACGAAGUAGUGGACGUGAGCAAGCUCGAGGCCGAAGCCGCCAGCCUGGCGGACAGGGCGACCCGAGGCGAGCUGAAUGGCGAGGCAGCUGCUGCUGUGGAGGAGUCUGCGGAAGCCGUGGACGCUGAGAUCGAGGACAUGAAGCGGCGUGUGCGGGAGAUGGAGGAAGAAGCGGCCAAGCUGAGCGAGAUGCAGUCGGAAGUCGAGUCGCAGAUGGGCCACAGCAUGACGUCGAGUCUGAGUGACUCGGGCGGCAGUGGUGCUUCUGGAAACGCUCAAUCGGCUGCCCAAGUGGAAGACACGUCGAUCUACAUUGGCCAAGUGGACUACGGGAGUACCCCCGAAGAGCUCCAAGCGCUGUUCCAAUCGUGCGGGACCAUUAAUCGCGUCACGAUUCUCUGUGACAAAUUCACUGGGCAGCCCAAGGGUUACGCGUACAUUGAAUUCGCCUCUCGUGACGCUGUCGAGAGUGCUCUGCUACUGAACGACACCAUGUUUCGUGGCCGACAGCUCAAGGUCACGCCCAAGCGGAUGAACGUACGUGGCUUCAAUAUGUCCCGUGGAGGUCGGGGCGGGCGGGGUCGAGGACGGGGACGUGGACGAGGUCGUGGGAUGCCUCGUGGAGGGUUCCGGGGUGGGAGGGGACGCGGGUUCCACCCGUUUUACUAG